AUGGAUUUGGAGACUCUCCGACAAGGAACGGCAGAUUGGGGCGAUAUCAGUGAAGCGGCAGCAGUCAUCUGGCGGGCCUCUACCUGCCCGCACCUCGACUACUUUCGCACUACAUUGCAGAACCAUCUCUCCGAUGCAAAAUUGACGGCAAUUGAUCUGCACACAGCGAUAGACAAUACACGAAGAGCAGUGGUUGUGUGCUCCAGGGAAAAGAUAACUAUCGCAUUUCAAGGCUCUCAACCAUACGAAUUGUUCAAAAACACGUGGAUUGAUGGGAAAGGGCCCAAAUUGUGGGAUUUGCCAUUCCCGUCGCCUAAGCAGAUCACCGUUGCUGGAUUCUCUAUGGGGGGUGGUAUUUCAAUAUUGGCCUUCACGGAUAUCCUUGAACACAUUCGUACUACAUGCGGCUCUGCAUCCCCUUCACCGCAACCGUGGGCUGUAGAUUCGAACCUUGGCUCUCUUUUCCAGCACUUUACGUUUGCAGCUGUGGCUGCUGGGGAUCAAGGAUACUAUACUGUCCUCAAUAACUUGUAUGAGCGUUACAAGAUACGCGCUUGGGACUUUUUGAAUCACCGGGACAUGACAGUACAUACGCACCACUUCGCGCUUCGAUCGUGGAGAGGUCACCGCUAUAUACUGCCAGAAGCUGUCGUCGGGCAAUAUAGUGCGGAGUUUGGCCAUCAGGGCCAUUUCAUCCUCGGGUAUCUAAAAGCAGCAGAGUGGAUGGCUGUAAAUGGAACAGACCAGGUCAAGUCUGCCUAUUCAUACUAA